GGGGAGCCCCGCCUCGGUGCACUGACAAAGCCCAGCAGGAGUGACGGUUACCGCUUCCGGUCAGGACCGGAAGUGCCGGGAACGGCAUUCGUCCCCCGUGCGAGAUGACGCACUUCCUGCCUGAGGCGGCCGCUGUUCUCGCGGCUUCCGGCAGGUGGCGCUGAGACCGCGGGAAGCCAGCCUGGCUGUCGGUUAGCCCUCGAGCAUUCUGGGAAUUGCAGGCCUGGCCCCUCCUCUUCCUGUUCUUGGUCAAUUCCGGUCUUGAUUCUCCAACAAAUGCCGUCGUUUCCGGGGCUGCUUCCGAGCCGGACCCAAGGGCCGGGGCGUGGAGGAGUAGAGGGGCGAGCGCAUGCGCACAGGACUACACGUCCCGACAGGCGUCGGGAGCGGCGGCCCAGUUCCUUGUGGGAGCUGUAGUUCUGCAGGCGCGGAAGCCGUGGUGCUCGGCCGGCAGAGCACUCGGUUUCCCAGAGGGCUGAGCGCGCCGCACGGAGGUGCGGCGCCGACCAAGAUGGAGACUGCCGAGCAGCCUUGAGCCGUUGAGCAGCUGAACAGAGGCAAUGCCGGGGCACUCCGAGGCCUGAGACGACCACGCCUGUGCCGCUGAGGACCUUCAUCAGGGCUCCGUCCACUUGGCCCGCUUGGCUGUCCAAUCACACUCCAGUGUCAACCACUGGCACCCAGCAGCCAAGAGAGGUGUGGCGUGGCCCUGGGGACGCAUGGCUGAGGCAGGAACAGGUGAGCCGUCCCCCAGCGUGGAGGGCGAACCCGGGACGGAGUAUGACACGCUGCCUUCCGACACAGUCUCCCUCAGUGACUCGGACUCUGACCUCAGCUUGCCCGGUGGUGCUGAAGUGGAAGCACUGUCCCCGAUGGGGCUGCCUGGGGAGGAGGAUUCAGGUCCUGAUGAGCCGCCCUCACCCCCGUCAGGCCUCCUCCCAGCCACGGUGCAGCCAUUCCAUCUGAGAGGCAUGAGCUCCACCUUCUCCCAGCGCAGCCGUGACAUCUUUGACUGCCUGGAGGGGGCGGCCAGACGGGCUCCAUCCUCUGUGGCCCACACCAGCAUGAGUGACAACGGAGGCUUCAAGCGGCCCCUAGCGCCCUCAGGCCGGUCUCCAGUGGAAGGCCUGGGCAGGGCCCAUCGGAGCCCUGCCUCACCAAGGGUGCCUCCGGUCCCCGACUACGUGGCACACCCCGAGCGCUGGACCAAGUACAGCCUGGAAGAUGUGACCGAGGUCAGCGAGCAGAGCAAUCAGGCCACCGCCCUGGCCUUCCUGGGCUCCCAGAGCCUGGCUGCCCCCACUGACUGCGUGUCCUCCUUCAACCAGGACCCCUCCAGCUGUGGGGAGGGGAGGGUCAUCUUCACCAAACCAGUCCGAGGGGUUGAAGCCAGACAUGAGAGGAAGAGGGUCCUGGGGAAGGUGGGAGAGCCAGGCAGGGGCGGCCUUGGGAAUCCUGCCACAGACAGGGGCGAGGGCCCUGUGGAGCUGGCCCAUCUGGCCGGGCCCGGGAGCCCAGAGGCUGAGGAGUGGGGCAGCCCCCAUGGAGGUCUGCAGGAGGUGGAGGCACUGUCAGGGUCUGUCCACAGUGGGUCUGUGCCAGGUCUCCCGCCGGUGGAAACUGUUGGCUUCCAUGGCAGCAGGAAGCGGAGUCGAGACCACUUCCGGAACAAGAGCAGCAGCCCCGAGGACCCAGGUGCUGAGGUCUGAGAGGGAGAUGGCCCAGCCUGACCCCACUGGCCACUGCCAUCCUGCUGCCUUCCCAGUGGGGCUGGUCAGGGGGCAGCCUGGCCACUGCCUAGCUGGAAUGGGAGGAAGCCUGCAGGCUGCCUGUAGGUGGCACCGGUGGCCCUGGCUGCAGUUCUGGGCAGCAUCCUCCCAAGCAGAGACCUUGCUGAAGCUCCUGGGGUGUGGGGUGUGGGCUGGAGGCACUGGCUCCCUGGUAGGGACAAUAAAGGUUUUGGGUCUUUGUGA